AUGGACUCCACCCCAGCCCCAGCCCCACAACCCCUCCCCUUUAAACCCUCUUCCUCCUCUUCAGCCUCCAAACUUCCCAUCAAACGCAAAUUCCCUGAUCCUCACAACCACCACCACCACCUCUUCUCUCCAAAGCUUGAACCUUCCUCCACCACAAACCCUGAUGCAAUCUCCACUCCCACCACCAAUUUUGACUCAAAGCCACCACCUUUUAAGUUUCACAGAAUCUGGACUGAACCUGAUGAAAUCAACUUCCUUCAAGGCCUACUCUCUUCAUCCUCUCAAGGCCUCGCUUUUCCUAAAGACUUGCCCUUUUUUUAUGACAGAUUCUCCAAUUCAAUGUCACAACCUUACACAAAAUCUCAGCUUUCUGAGAAACUGAGGAGGUUGCGUAAGAAGUUUCGCAGUACUUCUUCACGCCUUGCGCGUAAUGGGUUCAAUUAUUCAUCAUUGUCAUCUCAUGAUCGUGCUCUUUUUGAUCUCUCUAAACAGCUUUGGAGCCCUGAAUUUGCGUCGAGCUCGCCUUUUGGAGGUUAUAAAAAUAGUAAUAGCAAUUUUGAUGGUAAUGUGAGUAAUGCUGGUAGUGAUGGUGUUAGAAGGACCGAACUUGAUGAGGAUUUGGUGGGUGUUAAGGUUAGUUUUUCGCCGGUUUUGGCUUUCCCUCGCGCAAAUGUAAAUGUGAAUCAUGAAUUGAAUGAUCUGGGGUCGUUGGAUUUGGAUGAAUUUGAUGAUGGUUAUGUUGUGAAAAAGAGGGAAGGCAUUGUAGGGUGUGAGGUGGAUAGGGGGGUGAGUGGAGGUGGAGGUGUUAGUGGGGUGGUAGUACAGAGGGUGGCCAAGAGUGUUUUGGAUGUGUUUGAUCAGUGUUUAAAGGAGGUUAAGAAGGUUGUUCUUAAGGAGCGGUUGGACAGUUCUAUGGAAGGGAAGGAUAGGGAUUUCCAAAGGAGAUGGAGGGAGCAAAGAGUUGCCGAGUUUGAUGUUUUGGCUCUUCGGUUGAGGUUGCUUCUUGACAAUUCUGCUAAUAGGCAAUGA